CUCACUCUUGCAAAUUCUGUUAAUUCUGUUAAGACUUUAGAUGUUUUGUACGUAAAUAAAAUAUGGAUUCCUAAAGUGACUAGUAGCAGGUUCAUCGACUGUUAUAUUGGAUCAUUAUGAGACACCUAUAAAGUCAGGUUAAGGUAAGUUUUAGGUGAAAUUGAGUCACACACACACUGAAAAAACUGAUUUAAAGAAAGAAAGUUGUGAUUUACUGAUAGAAUAGCUAUUUUAAGCUGCUUGUGAUUCUCAGGUUAAAACCUUUAGAUUUAAAUGAAAUAAUUUUAGCAAAAUUUUAGCAAUAAGUCACCUAUAACAAAUUUUAUUGUAGAUUGCAAAACAUUUAAAGCGAUAGUUUGCUUUCUAGGGAAUUUGCAUUAUUUUGCCAACUUACCCAGAAGUUUUAAUAUGCUAAAGGGAUGCAUUCAGGAUGCAAAGUAUUUACUCUGCAAUCACUAGAAGCUGUGUUUAUGUUGUUGUUUGUUGUUUAUUUUAAAAGGUAGGUUCAACAUAUCCUGAGAUGGCCGUCGGCAUGAAACAGAGUUGGCGUGGCAACAGCCCUUUCAGAAUCCUCAGUGGUGGCGAGCGUAAUGUGCUGGCACUGAAUGUGCUGUUGCUGGGCGACAGGCAGAGUGGGAGGAGCUCUGUGGGGAAUGCUCUGAUUGGUGGAGAGGAAUUCCAAACAGGCCUCUGCAUUUCUGGCCUUUCUGUAACGAAGGAUUCCAGUCCUCAGCCGAAAUUUCCAGAAGUAUUUCAGAAGGCAGGGGCGGAGUCUGACCUCAUGCUGAGAGUGAUUGACACGCCGCCUCUGUUGCCCCGCCCACAGGACGUGCACAAACUCUGCCCCGAGGGCGUGCACGUGCUUGUGCUGGUUGUGAGAGCUGACCUGCCGCACGGCACCAAACACCUGGAGGAUCACAUGGAGACUCUCUUCGGUCCAGAAUGGCGGCGUCACGCUUUACUUGUUCUCACGCACGCUGACCACCUGAAGGAGGCGGGGCUUCGCGCUCCAGUCUUCCUAACACAGACUAGUGAUUGGCUGAGAGCUCUGGCUGAAGAUGUGGAAGGAGGAGUCUCGUUCUUGGACAAUACCUGUGAUUGGCCGUCAAUCAGAGGACGACCGUUGAGAGACCGACUGCUCGGCCUGUCAGCCAGGAACCAUCACAGAGCUCUGACAGUCAGAACAGAGGUCUCACUCUGACUGUUUAAACAGGAACUACACACAUUUGUUUUGCUCAUGUUGGUAUUUAAUGAUUAUUCCUACAAAACUCAAACAAUAUGAAAAGCACAACUCUG